GCCGGCUUUGGAAAAUGAAACCAGAGCGAGUCCGGCUCGCCCCUGGGAGCUGCGUUUGCACGGUUACACAACGCGCUCCGUUUCCCCAUGUGCGGCUCGGCGGAGCGACGCGGCGGAAAGCGCGCAGAGCUCGGCGCGCGGGCGGCCCCUUCCCCGCGGCCGCUUUGCCCACCGCGCGCAGGGCCCGGCCGCCUGCUGGCAGACAGCUGGGCUCAGGCGGCACCCCAGGCCCCCACCUCACCCGGAAAUGGCCAACUCAGUGCCCCUGCUUCAGGGGACCAGCCGGAGAGGGAACAACGACUGGUCUGGCAGGCUUAUUAUUGCCUCUUUAGCUGGAGCUUUUGGGUCUUCAUUUCUUUAUGGUUACAAUCUCUCCGUAGUGAAUGCACCCACAGUGUAUAUCAAGAGGUUUUACAAUGAAAGUUGGGAAAGAAGAUAUGGCCACGUAAUAGAUGGAGGAACUCUUACACUCCUCUGGUCUAUAACCGUGUCUAUUUUCUCCAUUGGUGGACUGGUGGGUGCGAUAAUUACCACACCAACUGUGAAGUUCCUUGGCCGAAAACAUACAUUGCUAAUCAAUAAUGUAUUUGCAGUUGUGGCUGCAUUGUUGAUGGCUCUCUGUCAGAUAGCUGGAUCAUUUGAAAUGCUCUUGUUGGGCCGCACUGUGAUGGGUAUUCAUGCAGGUGUCUCUCUCAGUGCCCUUCCCAUCUAUUUGAGUGAAAUCUCCCCUAAGGAGAUCCGGGGUGCUCUGGGGCAGGUCACAGCAAUCUUCAUCUGUAUUGGAGUUUUCAUUGCUCAGGUUUUGGGGCUGCCAGAAAUAUUUGGAAAUGAAUUUUGCUGGCCCUACUUAUUUGGAGUGAUUGCUGUUCCUUCACUGAUUCAAGUUGGGAUUUUGCCCUUUCUCCCUGAAAGUCCUCACUUCCUCCUCCUCGAAAAGAAUGACACAAGUGGAGCAGAAAAAGCAUUCCAGACCUUCCUUGGGAAAGAUGAUGUGUCUCAUGAAUUAGAAGAGAGUGAAGCACAGAGAAAUGUUAAAUUAGAGUCUGUCCUUCAACUUCUGAGAAACCGCUCUGUACACUGGCAGAUCAUUACUGUGAUCAUCACCAUGGCCUGCUACCAGCUCUGUGGGCUAAAUGCUAUCUGGUACUACACAAAUAGCAUCUUCAGGGAAGCUGGGAUAAGUCCUAAACUGAUCCCUUAUGUUACCUUGAGCACCAGCACUGUUGAGAUUUUGUCUGCUGUUUCUUCCGGUUUAGCUGUUGAACGACUUGGACGUAGACCUCUGCUUAUCGGAGGUUUUGGUUUGAUGGUCAUCUCCUUUACGAUACUUUCAGUAUCCCUGACUUUACAGAAUCGUGCAUACUGGCUCCCCUAUCUCAGUAUAUUUUGCAUUCUUGCAAUAAUUGCAUCAUUUUGCAUUGGCCCAGGUGGGAUUCCAUUUGUCUUGACGGGAGAGUUUUUUCAGCAGUCUCAAAAGCCUGCCGCAUUUCUGAUAGCUGGGACAGUCAACUGGCUCUCCAACUUCUCAGUGGGACUUCUUUUCCCUUUCAUUCAGGCUGGACUGCAGACAUUUUGUUUCCUGGUGUUUGCUGUCAUCUGCCUUGCUGGAGCUACUUAUCUGUUUUUUGUCCUGCCCGAAACAAAAAAUAAGACCAUUAAUGAAAUCAGCCAGGCAUUUGCCAAAAGGAAUAAAGUGACUUUAGAAGGGCGGGAGAUGAGCCAGUUUUCAUCAGAAAUGAAAUCAAGUGAAGAACAAGAACAUAACUUCUCUUCUACACUGGAGAAUGGUGAAACUAAAAACAGAAUAAUCUAAGCAUUCAGUGUUCUUUUUAUGGAAAAAAAAUACCCAUAUGCCCUGCUGGUUUGGAAAGCAUGUGAUCAUUCUAACAGUUCAGCAUUUGUGUUAUUAAUACCCCUGUGUAUGUUGGGGGCGGGAGGGUUGUUUUGUUUUUGUUUUUUAAUCCAGGAGAAUAUGGGCAUAAAGUAAAUCAGUGGCAGCUGGGAAGUUGAGAUGAGGUACAGUGAUAUCUGGUGGGAACACGACCCAGAGUUUCCAGGAAACGUGUGGAGUGGAUCAUCCGGUGAAUGGAGGGGGAGGGGAUCAGGACUAGGAGAGGGAAACUGGAUUGGCAGUGGGAACUGGGUGGAGGGAUCCUGAGCAAGGACUGGCUGAUCAACAUGCCACAUGCCAGCUUGCAUGGGUGGACCUAUAUGCUAGUGGCAGAGAUUGGGUGUGAGUCAGUGGAUGCGAAGAGAAGGAGAGGUAAGUUUUAUUUCUCAACUUUUCCCAAUAGGCUUUUAAAAUUGCACUUCAAAAUGAAAGGGACACUAUCGUGGUAAUUUUUUCCAUCUUCAUUUUUAAUUUUAGCUGCUUUCCUCAUAAGAACCUCUCUCGCUCCCACUGUCUCCAGAAGACAAACUGCAAUUUGUUUCCAUAAUUACUGACGUGCUUCCUCCCUCCAUCCCACAAAUACUAGCAAGAGCGCUAGAUUGGUGGCACUGUGUUUCUGUUGUUUAAAGCAAAUAACAGUGAAGCAUUUGUUCUGAAAACAAAAACUCCACAUAUUCUGAAUAGUGGGCUCUGGGGAGAUAGGUACAGGAGAAGAAAAAAUAAUCAAACAUUGAGCUGCCCAGACUAUAACAACAGUAACAUUUUUUAAAAGCACAAGUCCUAUUUUCAAAAGUGAUUUAGGAGCCAAAGUCUCACUGAAGGCCUAUGGGACUAAUGCUCUGAAGUGCCUAAGUUAGUUUUGAAAAUGGGGCUUAGGCUCCUAAGUCUUUUAGGUGCUUUUAAAAAUGUUACCCAAUGUCCAUUUAAUUUCAUGAUAGGAAAAUAGCAGGGGUUUCUGGUUUGUGACGUUGACUCUUCCUGAUUCUUAGUGUUUUUUAGGCAAGUUAUGGCUCACUUUUUAAUAUUUUUCAAUUAUUUUCCUUUAAUUCCUUAGGUGCUUAUAUACUAUAGGGAUAAGCACUUUCUAAAUAAAAUAAUAAAUCCCAUAAUUAGCAGUCUUUGGGGAUAAGUCCUCAGUGAGCAUGUACAAUCUCUUAGGGUGAGCCAUGUUUCUCUAUGAGCUAUUUUGCACAAUACUAAAAUUGUAAAUUUGACACGUAUAUUUUAUUUUUAAAAAGUUGUUCUCAGAUGUUUGCCUCGGUGAGGAUUUUUUGGUUUUAACCUAAUAUGUUUUUAAAUCAUACCCUAAAAUAAGUUGUUGUUGCCAAAUAAUCUAUGCUGUAUGCUGUUGUUGUAGUAACCAUUUUGGAUCCAGGGUAUGAGAGAGACAAGGUGAGUGAGGUAAUGGCUUUUAUUAGACCAACGUCUGUUGCAGGGAGAGAGAGAUGACCUUUCCAGUUUACAUAGAGUUUGUCUUCAGGUCUGGGAAAUGUACUCAGAGGGUACUGCAGUUGGUCCAUGGUAGCUGACUUGGGCUCAGGCUAUGGGGCUGGUUAAUUGCAGUGUAGACGUUGGGCUCAGGCUGGAUCCUGGUCUCUAGGGCCCUGUGAGGUGAGAGGGUCCCAGAGCUUGGACUGCAAUCUGAGCUCAAACAUCUACACCGCAGUUAAACAGCCUCUUAGUCCAAGCCCCGAGAGCCAGAGUCAGGUGGCACACACCAGCCACAGCUGUCUGAUUGCAAUGUAGACAUACCCACUGUCACUGCUAAAUACAAGGUGGAACAGAUUGUUUAGCAUAAGUAGUUAACACAUAUUUCAAGGGACUAUUCAAGGUGAGGUGGCCAGUUACCACCUAUCCAGGUAUAGGGGAAGGAAAGAAGGGGGAGGGGAGCAAUAAUCUAUAGUCCCUCCUCCGUUCCUUCUCCUUCCUCCCCCCUGCCCAUGACUGAAGACAUGUUAACUGGCUGCUUCAUUUUGAUUGUAUUCAGCUGUGAUACACUGAGCACAUUUCCCAGACUUGAAGAAGAGCUCUGUGUAAACUCAAAAACUUGUGUCUCACCAGUAGAAGUUGAUUCAAUAAAAGAUAUUACCUCACCCACCUUGUUUCUCUAAAUGCGAUAUACUGUGAUUUGUAUAUUUUUGUACAUACUGCCCAUAUUAACCAUUACUAGAACUUAAUUACCCAACGGAGCAACUUCAUUGCUGGGUAAUAGGAAAGAAUGCUCUCGUUCUCCAUACCAGAUUUUACAUUGGGUAGCUACUGAUGUCAGUGGAGUUACUCCAAUGUAUAAUUUGGGUAAUAUCAUGGACAAUCAGACUGUUCUGCUGCUAAAGAAAAGUGUAAUGAAUCAGGAUUAUGCCAAUGGAGAAUCUUUUAGGACUAAUCAGAUCUUUAGGGGGAAAAACUACACCAGUAUGUUUCCUUAAAGAAAGUACUUGAAACUGCAUAGCUCUUGUGUGCAGCCUGUGUGUGGUUUUGUUUGUCUUUGUUUCUUGGGUUUAUUUUAUUUUUUGCUACACAGGUUUUUGAAGUAAAAAAAAAAAAAAAAAUCGCCAAAGCCCGUGCUGCUGGGUUGGUGAACAAUACGAACAUUUAAAAUCUCAGUUCGAGCACAGAGGUCUUCCUUUUCCGACUGAUAGAAUGGUGGGAGAACUUUUACUCAACUUGAGGGGUACCUUACUUCACAAGCUAGGCUUGCUCUCAGAGUAAGGUACUACUCCACUUGAGUUAGGUUGUUAUAAAUGGGCUCUUAAUAACAAUUAAAAUUAAUAGUUCAUGCUGCUCAUCUUCUAAGCACUUGGUAGGCAUUAAUCCUUGAUAAUAUUGACCUUUGAUCAAUUAAGACUGCAUUGGCAUCCUGAUAUAUUACUGAACUUCUGAAGCAAGGUUUAACCCUUCAAUAAUUGAAUGCAACCACCAGCAAUCUCAUUUUGAGCUCAGCUAUGAAGGUUCUUUCAGCACCUCAUUAAGACCCAAAUGUUGUUCACUGCUCUCCUGCCAUGCAUACAAAGCAUACAUAAAUGAAGCUUGGACAGAGGAUCAGAGAGGGGUCAGGUGAAACCUCCCUUCACAACUAAGGGGCUUUUAUAGUACUAGCAACUAGGGCUCUACAUCCUCUCUAGGUGAAGGUGCCGUGACAUAUGGCUCCAUUAGCUCCUCUCUUGCCACAGCCUAGAUGUGCACGCAUGCACUACUGCAAAGAGACGCAUAAUAGAAAAGUCUCCAUGGCACAUAAGGAGUGCAAAGUCCCUUUGAGUAGCCCCCCUGUGUCCUGUCUCCUAUGAGCUGUAUCACAUCAGUUCUGCUGAGUUUAGGGCCUUCUGGGCUUAUAGGAUAGGGAGCUGUGGAGGUUAGACACCUGUUGAUUUGUUCCAAAUCUUUCUGUAAGAGAGCAGUACAGAGUGAAAAUGUCAGCAUCAGGGAAUAUUAGUUCAAACAUUCCACUCACUGCCUAGGGGAGGUGAUUAUAGUAUAUUCAAACUUGGUUUCUGGGAACACCCAAGAUUUGCAUAACUCCCUCAUUUCCAACCCCAGGGGUGGUUUUGAAUUGUUCUCAAGUAUUGCGUAGCAACAUUUCCCCCCUUCUUAUGGUGUUAUAACUUCAACAAUCAAAGGAUAGAAUGUAAUAUGCUGACAGUUCUUCACUGUUUUUUCUAUUUGGGUCUACAGACUGUCUACAGCCAAACCUGUACAUUUGUCAAUGAAUGUUCUGCUUGUGCCAUGUUUGUUUCUCUAAAAUCUGAAUUAAUGGGAAAAUGCUGCACUGUGUCUUAGUUUUUAAAGCAGUAUUAAAAAUGGAUUGUAAGUGUGUGACUACUUCAUACAUAGAUUUCACUGAUCAAAGUAUAAGAGCUAAACCAACAAGAUGCUAGGGUCUGUUUCAUUUCUGGAAAAUGUGAGAUUAUCCAAAGUUGAAUGUAAGGUGUCAUUACUCAGUUUUCAGUUGUAUAACCUGAGUUUUUCGUGUGAUUCAUUAUUAAAAUCUUCUAUGUACA